CACCAAUUGAACAAGGCAAACGACCCACCAUAUCAUAUCCCAAACCCCAACACGUCACCCAAAAAAAAUGCUCAAAACCUUAGCCUCCACCACCACUUCUCCAUUUCUCCUGAUCACCACCGCCACCACAACCGCCGCCGCGUCUCACUCUCUCUCUAAACCCUUCCUCUCUUCUCUCUCUAACCUCCGCUCCAAGCCCCUCUCCUCCUUCCCCUGCACCCGCCGGUCCCUCCUGCCCAAGCCCGCCAUGAACAUCCUCAACAAGCUUGGCUUCGGCUCCCGGGCACAGGAAUUCUCGGCGGAGUCGUCGGCGAUUGCGCAGGGCCCCGACGAUGACGUGCCGGCGCCGGGCCAGCAGUUCGCGCAGUUCGGCGCCGGCUGCUUCUGGGGCGUCGAGCUGGCCUUCCAGCGCGUCUCCGGCGUCACGAAGACGGAGGUCGGCUACACGCAGGGCUUGCUGCAUAAUCCGACCUACGAGGACGUCUGUACCGGGACGACCAACCACUCCGAGGUUGUUAGGGUUCAGUACGAUCCCAAGGAGUGCAGUUUCGAGAAUCUUCUCGACGCUUUCUGGGCUAGGCACGAUCCCACCACGCUUAAUCGCCAGGGGAAUGAUGUGGGAACUCAAUAUAGAUCAGGAAUUUACUACUACACGCCUGAACAAGAGCAAGCAGCGCGAGAGUCGUUGGAGAAGCAUCAAAAACUUUUUAACAGAAAGAUUGUUACCGAAAUCCUGCCGGCCAAGAAGUUCUACCGAGCAGAGGAGUACCACCAGCAGUACCUGGCAAAAGGAGGCCGAUUUGGUUUCAAGCAAUCUGCUGAAAAAGGAUGCAAUGAUCCAAUUCGAUGCUACGGCUAAUCUUUUUACAUUACUGCUUUACAGGUGAAUACUGAAUACUAGCUGGGGUCAAUCUACGAUUUGUAACUUCUGUGCUUUUAUUGAAUAAAUGAAACCUUACCACCAGCUUUUUGCAUACUUUGUGAUGCUAGAUUGUGUAGUAUGCUUGAUGUAUCUACUUUUUGAACAUAGAUAUACAAGUAAAUACUGUUCUUGAUCACCAUUGUCUCUGAUAUGAACUCUAUUCCCUGUAUCCGUAUCAGAUUAUGUUAGUCUGGCAGUUACUUGUAUUAGCUUGUAUAGAGAACACUUUUCUCAUGCUAGGCCUACGGGGCCCAUUUUAAUUUGCGUUUUGCCUGUUACUUGACACUCAAGCUUAGGUACCAAACAUUGUUUUAUAUUAG